AUGAACCGCUGCCCUCCUCAGCCCAAUUGGCCAGCCGGUAGACGAAGUGUAGACCAUAUUCCACCGCAAUCCCCGUGCCCGAUGCAAGCGUGCAUUUUACAUAUCCCCGCCCUUCCCGCCCCUCUUUUACGUCGGCGCGGAGCGCCAGCCGACGGGGGGCGUAGCAAGCACAAAUAUUUGGGCCCUGCAGCCGCCGCAGCCUCUGCCCCAGCCCUCGCGCCGCGGCCCGCCGCCGCCGCCGCCGCCGCCCGCCGCCCCGGGCCGCCCCAAGGAAACCCCGCCGCUUUUUUGAGUGUGAAAGAUAAAAACUGCGUUCGUCCUGCAUCUCGUGUAAGGUGGGCGUGGUCUCAGCAUGUCAUCGUUGUUCGCGUUAAUCCCUCUCCUCCACCCAACGCUGCCGAAGCCACGAACCAACCGCUCGUCAACUGUGCGCGGACCGCACGUCGCCAUGUCGGAAGUGCACGUUCCUGGCAGUUCCCUGCCCCGCGCAUCCGGCCGCCGUCCAUGCCGCUGCUGCAAGUGUCACAGGCGCGAAGCCUGCGUGAAUAUUAUUGUUACGACGCCCGGUCACAGAAUGGCGAAAGUGACGCAUUCAACCUGGAACCUCUCAGCCGCAUGGCAGGAGGUCGUCGUAAGGGAAACUUUGGCGUGCUCCAUUGA